AAACCAUUCACGCUUGACUGGUUAUAACGCAUGCGUGAGAGUCUCCAUUCACUUGUUCGAGGAUAUAAAUAACAUUGAACUGAAAAUUUUCUUAGCACAACAAAGGGCAUUCAUCGGUCGCUUGAAAGGAGUCUCAGCAAAAACUCUCAUUCAUUCUUAAGAAGAACUGGUAAGUUACGAAAGUCGCCUUCAAAGGUUUAGCCAAGACUUAACCACUGUCUUAGUUAAAGCCAACCACAUUCUCACCGAGAAAUUACGUGAGUCAAUUCAGACAAGCACGCACGUAUUUCAUGCGAGUUUUGAUUUCGUUGAAUAGAACGUUCUUUUGAAACAAGUCGGAACGCUUUAAAUAUUUUUGGUCGGAGGAAAGGUUGUAAAAUCUUGACUCAAAGAAAGUUUGAAUGAUAGGUAGAAAUUGGGACCUGUAAUCACCUCGAGAAAACAACUUGAGAAUAUUUUCAAGAGUGCGUCAAGCCUCCACGUUGGAUCCUUUACAUCCCAGUUACACUUCUCUCUUCUACUAUCCCUUUCUCGACAUGGGAUCAAGAAUAUCGGCCGUGAAAAGGAACGACCACAAUGACAAUAGACAAGGGGUUUAUAAAUCGCUCAAUGUCUUUCAAGAAGAAGAUCGGGCCAGAGACUUGGCGAGACCAGAAAAAUUAGACAUUUUACUCGAUCGUCCACCUCUACCGGAAGAGGCUUUGUUAGAACAUGCUUGGAACCCGAACGAUCGAUCGGUUAACAUUUUCGUCAAAGACGACGACCCGUUUACCUUUCACAGACAUCCAGUAGCACAGAGUACGGACUGCAUACGAGGAAAAAAGGGUUAUAGUCGAGGUUUUCACGUCUGGGAGAUUCAGUGGUCAACCCGACAACGUGGGACACACGCAGUAGUAGGGGUAGCUACAUCAAAAGCCCUUCUUCACUGUACUGGCUAUCAAUCCUUGGUCGGCAACAACGAGGAUAGUUGGGGAUGGGACAUUGUUAGAAACAAGCUCUACCACAACGAAAAGAACGUUUCGUCAGUAAAGUAUCCAGUUUUGUCUGACAAUGAUCAUAGCUUUGUGGUACCUGACAAAUUUCGCGUUAUAUUGGACAUGGAUGAAGGAACUAUGGCUUUUGAAACGAACGAUGGACGCUAUUUAGGAGUCGCUUUCCGUGGAAUGAAAGGGAAAACUGUAUACCCUAUAGUCUCAGCCGUGUGGGGACAUUGUGAAAUCACUAUGAAAUACAUCGGUGGACUAGAUCCUGAACCUCAACCUCUGAUGGAUCUCUGCAGACGUACAAUACGCAAAUCCAUUGGAAAAGAGCACCUAACAAAAGGAAAUGUAGACAAGCUUCCUAUUCCAGUUCCAAUGAAGAAAUACCUAUUGUACCAGCAAGGCUGGUGACAAUCAGCUUCAUGGAAUUUAAAAAAAGCAUAAAUUGUGGCUGUCCUUUUCAGUGUUAAAUGGUGCAUCUUGAACCAUUCCUCUGUUAAAGAUCAAGAACCUAAUCAAACUUGUUAAGAUAACAAAUUCUUCCGAGCUAGUUUUCAUCCUUUUUCAUGUGAAAGAAAAGCCAUAAAAUCAUUCUUUAGAUUAGGGUUGAUUAUAUUUGAUAAGGUUUUUUUCCCUAGGUGAUUUUCCAGGGUAAUUUAAUUAUGUUCACAAGACUAUACAAUUGUUUGGGAAUUUUAAAACCAGCAAAGGCAACUAUUGUUUGUGCAGUAGGUGUGUUUUAUUCCAAGUGUAGGAUGAUCUUUUAUGAUACAGAAAGUGAAAUAGAAAUAUGUUUUCAAAUCAAAGACUAUACCUACUCAUGCAUAAAAGAUAAAACAGUCUUAAUUUUUUAGACUUUCUUUUUUAAAAAAAGAAUCUUCAAAGGUUGAAAUAUUCGGCACAGAGUUUCUUAAUUACUGUUAUGAGAAAACUCAUUGCCACCAGUUAAAGAUGCUCCUUUUUUCAAAGAAAUAACUUUUACAGGGAUUUGAAACAGCUCAUACUAGUGUAAAUAGCAGCUAAACUUUUCUUCGAAUUUAAACUUAUUUAUUGGUGAGGCCAUCCCUCGCAUAUCACAGAAUUUUAAUUACAUUUGCACUAUUAUGUAUAACACCCUUAAAGACAUCUAAAGAGUCAAAUUUAGUUGCAAAAAUUUAAUUUAUUUAUGGAGAAUUAUACUUCACUACCCAAAUUGUAGGGAGUGACUAAAGAAUGUAAAAAUACAAGAAAGAAGUGACCUAAAUAUUUAUUUGCACUAAUUUUGCUUAGGUUUAACUAAGCACCACUACAAAUUGAAUUUAAAGGAUAAUUUUGCCAUCAUUAUUAUUGACAGGAAUUUGACUCUUUAGGUUGGUCUGUUUAACUUAUAAUUAACAGUUUUAGUUGAUAUAAACAGUGGUUAAUUGAUUUUGAUAUUUUUAUCUUUUAUCUUUAGUUUGUCUGACUCCCUGAGAGCAAUAAAGUUCAUAUUAAUAAAUUAUUGUAAAUUUUGUCUCCUUGAAUUCAGAUGGACUUUGUUUGCUACCUGAAAUAUUGAAGUUCUUUAUCAAGAUAUGCUCUUAUCACAGCAGUAACUUAUUGUUCUGUUUCUAGCAAGGCUUCACCUCUUUUAGUUGCUAAUUAAAUUGAGUGAUUUCAUUUAUUUAUUAUGUUUAGAUAUGGGGAAUUAAAUAGUUAGUAUAUUUAUAACAAUAUUCUAUUGGAAUAUGUCCCACUUAUACUUUGCGUUAAAUGCAGUGUUACGUUAUAAGCAAUAAAAUUCAACAAAUUUUAAAGACA